AUGCCUUCUCCUCGAAACAUUCUCUUCGGCCUUUUGGCAGCCUCACUUUCAUCCACCGUCACAGCCGAGCAUCUUCGCGUUGUCUGGUCCCAAGGCGACUUCUCAACCAUCUCCGGACCAAGCGGCGGAAGCCAAAGCGGUCACAGUUCCGGCUUCACCAUCCUCAAGGACGACGGCACUGCCAUCUACAGCAAGGCAUACCCGGCCGACCACUCUCCUUGCUACAACACCGGCGAUGGACGCGAGUUCACUUUCGGCGGAGAUUGCUGGACCAAAGAGCGCAAGUUCCGCUGCAAGUCCUCGUUCGCUGGUGACCCCGAAUCAUGCGAGGUCAAGGACCAGGAUGGAAACAGUCUUGGUACUGGAGAGGGCAAGACUGACACGACCUUCAUUGGCAUCGCUAUUGCGCAAGACUCUGCGUGUGUUGUUGAGUUCAAUACCGAUGACGAUGAGGAUUGCCCCAAGGAUGAGGACAACAACUUGGGUGUUAGAUCUGGUUAG